GGUGGAUGUGCUGGCUGUCUGCCCGGUAACCUAACAGUGUUUACGGAGUAUGAAGUUCGGUUUGGUUUUCGCCCCCAAACACCAAAGGAUUCAAAGGAACGACAAAUCAACCAAAUGCCCGCCGGUCUUUCUUUCUUGGCCUAGAUCCAUGUCAGAACUCAGAACACUGAUGGAAUUCUUUCUUGCUGUACACCGGGACAUGGGGGUGGGUUUAAGGGUGGUCGAUAGUUUUGCGGGACCCAGCCCGCCGGGCACGCACUUGGUCUGUUGGAUCAUCUCCCUGCUAUGCUUCUCUGUCGCUCUGUCGCUCUUGCUCUCUCUCUCUCUCCCCACCCCGUACGACUAACUUGUGAAAGUGGUACUACAAUAGGGACAAAAUCUAAGAUGAACCACCUCAGUGGAAUGUGACUCACUCCCUCUUUUUCUUUUCUUUUUUUAUUUCUUCUUCUCUGUAUUCUUUGCAUCGUUACUACGCGUUUUCUGCAGUUUGACUGUAGUUACUUUUCCAACCCAGCAAUUUAAGCGAGUAGACUUCAC